AUGUCUGGGCGGUCGCCGGAGGAAAAGUAUAUUCAGGCAAUUUCAAAAAGAACUAAAAAAUUAAAGAAGGGAAUGUGCAGAUACGUGUCUAAAGUAUGCGAAGUUCUAGAGUUACUGCAAGAGAAAUGCAAAGAAAGAGAAAGUGGUUCGUUGUCGGACGCUUUGAAAAAUUCGUUGACAGAGCAUUUUAGAGACAUUUUUCAGAGCUUAAAACUUCACUUGUUGUUUCAUGGUGCGUCGGACGCUGAUUUGAAGAGGAUGGGCGUUUGGGAAUUAGUCUCUUUGUCAGCCGAUGAAAUGGAAGCAAAACCAGACGAAAAAAGUGUCAUUGACCCAGGAAGUAAAAUCUUGGAAAUCGUAAGUUGGCAUUUCUGUAUGUUUUCCAACAUAUAUACUGAGCAAGUAUAUCUCAGGGAAGAGGCCCUUUUACCUUCAUAGUUGGACCGAACGCCACCUUAUUUAAACACAGCAUCACCGCGCGAAAAGUUUUACGAAGCAUCGUCAUCAAAAAAUGUUUCGUACGGAUGCAAGAUAUAUUUAGAGCGAUAGGGCUGACGCCAUCGCUCUGACGAAGGGCUAACACUCGAAACGUCAGCCUUUCAACUCUUUACGGUGGCCAAUUUCAGUUUUCAAAUCAGUUGAUAACACUAAAUUACCCUGUUAUACUCUUCCACCGACGCAGCACCACAUUUUCUUUAGAAACUUACCUCCUUUAUUCCUCUGUCUUCAAAUGUCUGCUUUUGAUGAUAUUGGCAACUUUAGAGUCGAGAAAAACGGAUCUAACCGAGUUCUUUCCGCCGUUCCAUGAACCAGCAGUCAAAGCAUUCAUUCAGCAUUCCAAAGGAACCGCGUCCUGAUAAUGAGAUUGGCUUUAAUUUUAUAGCGAAAAGGUUACACCAAGGAACUUAUCUACGCUGAAUAAAUUAGUGAAUUUUGUUUUGGUUUUCUUUGUUUAACAAAUAGAGAAGCCUUGACUGUGCUCUGUUCUGUUAUAAAGCACGCAGGAAGUGGCUAGAGCACGAAAGAAGUGUAGGGAGAAACACGAGACGCAGUCGAGUGUUUCUUCCCACUUCUUAAGUGCUCUAGCCGCUUCCUAAGUGCUUUAUAACAGAACAGAGCACAGUCAAGGCUUCUCUAUUUGUUUUAUAGUAACGAAUCCGUUAAAUUACCCAAGCAUUACAUUCAAUUUUCAAAACAAACUUUAUUUCCAAAGCGAACAACAAUGUCGUCAGCAUGCUCUAUACUCUCAUAAAGCACGCUACAAUAAGCCAAUCAGAAUACUUGUUAGAAUGGUUCAAAUAAUCUGAUUGGCUGUACAAGACUAAAGCUGUCAAAAGUGUCAAACCAUCAAAGUUCAAAAACCAACAAAGUUCACAUUCUACGAUAGUUUACAAACAGUUCGGCAAGUCGAAUUUAACACUUUUGCCUGAAGUUUUUAAGUCUCUAAUACAGAAUCUCGAAGUGAAAUGUUCUGUGAAAUUCAGCCGAAUUAUGGCUCAUAAAAACACGCGAGUUUUUUCCACAUGACAAGGUAGAAAACAAGCUGUUCAAGGCGAGUGUUUUUUGAAUGAAAGACAGCCGAAUUCACCGGAACAUGAAGAUCGCUCGUGAUGACAGCGCCGCAAAACUCGGCUGCAGUGACUGAUGUGAAUUGCCACUCAACGUAUCGGAAAGGAUAUCAGAGCAAGCUCUUAUUUUUUCACUCGAAGGGCGGCCGAUGUAGUUUCUGAGGCUUGCUUUACUAUGAUGACCGGAGAUCGCCAUGAUGAGCGAGCCGCGAUGAACUUCAGCAUGAUCAUAUUCGCUCAGACACCGUCAUGAUUAGUAUGAAUUUCAAUAAUUAUGCCAGUUUGGAUAUAUUUUUCAUCAUUUCUGUUUUGUUCUGUUUUGUUUUUGAACACUGAACUUUAUAUACUAUACGAGUGUUAGCCGUGUUUGAUUUUUAUUACCGUACGUAAGCUUGCAAUCUAACUGGCCAUGAAAAUCUUUAAAACUCGGAAUGUUUAUUUCGUUUUUCCUUUGAGGAUUUUCGUAUCUGCUCACGUUUUAAUAACGUAAAUUACGGCGCCUGGUAUGUUUACAAACCUUUGUUUGAUUCUUCUGUUGCUACUUGCCGGCUCGCUUCAGUUCCGAAAUUUCACUUUCAAUUAUGGGGAAAAAGCUAAAAAGAAGUCCCGGAAAAGGUCGAACAUAGUACGAUUGGCAGAUGGCGUGACAGCUUUAGCUCAGUUCUAUGCUCUAUACUCUCAUAGAGCACGCUCUUUCAACCAAUGACAGCGCGCGUUAUAUCCGAACUUUAUUAUAAUUCAAUAUAUUCAAGACAUCAAGCUCCUGUGUUUUGAGCUUCCGUUGCCAGAUAUUCUGUUUAGAAGGUUAAAGUUGAGUAAAUGAACUACUGAGAGGUUCUAGUGAGCGACGUUUCGAGUUGUCGAAAAUCAACGCUACACUUUUUAACAGCCAUGACCGAGGCUUUUAAGUAAAGGCAACAUUUUGGGAUGUUAAGUACAAAGUAUAGAGCAGUCACGGUUAACGUUACCUUAUUCAGAAUCACUAAGUUUUAAAAGCUCUCGCAGUGGUAAGGAAAUUUUUCAAUAAAUAUAGCUCUUACCUUUUCUUAGCCGGUUGAGAUCCCCAAAAUUAUUACACGCAGUUUAAUUUUAGCUUAAGCUGAUUUGUGUUUAUCUUUUAGGUAAGCGACAUAACUCAGAGAGGGGAUGUCCCAAAAGGCAGUUCAGAGCAUGUCCAAAAAGUAAUGGAAGAAGCAACAGAUCUUUUCCGCUCUAUCCCUCAAUUAUUUAGACCGAAGGUUUUAGCAGUAGUUUCACAUAAUGGUGAGAGCUUCGUUGGCGCGUCGAUUUCAGUAAGUAAUUUCUUACGCCCUCUCUAUUUGCACAAAAGAAUUGCUGAUUUCAAAAAUCCAAGUCUCAGAAAAGCAAUCAUAUCUUACCAGCCAUUAGAAACAGCAGAUACGCAGGGCUGGAGAUCGGAAGCAACAAAGAUCAGUGAUAUCCCCACAGCUCGUGACAUCCCCACAGCCCGUGACACCUGCAAACCUGCAUGUGUAAAUUGCCGACGCACUUUCAGAAACUUAAAAGGCUUCGUACCAGAGAAUGAGCAAGGAGACGAUAAGAAUACAACAAUCCUCGGCGCAUGUGCAGAGUACUGUCCUGUUGACAAACUUCUUCACGACGAAACAAAUGAUGGCUCAGAAAUAGGUUAUUGUCUUCAGAAGAAUUUGGAGCAAUGUUUAGAACUCUUUAUGAAAUUUGAUGCAAUCAGUGAACAGUGCCAAGAAGCUGAUAGUUCUAAAGAUAUCCAAAAUAUUAAACAGGUGUACGAACAAGUAUAUCCUAUACUUGACAUUUUUGGCCGAUCACCAGAAUUCAAUGACAAGUUCUAG